AUGGCCUACAGCCAGCAGGAAGGGAAGGAUCGGGUCAUAUUUGUGACCAAAGAAGACCAAGAAAGCCCCAGCAAUGCUGAGCUGGUGGUUGACGACCCCAGUGAUUCCUAUGGGGAGUACGGACUGAUACUGCCGAACGGAGACAUCAACUGGAAUUGCUCUUGCUUUGGAGGAAUGGCCGGCGGCCCCUGUGGAGAGCACUUCAGGUCGGCCUUUUCCUGCUUCCACUACAGCACCGACGAUGACGAUGACGAAGAAGCCAAGGGAUCCGACUGUAUUGACCAGCUCCAGGCCAUGCAGGAGUGCAUGCAGAAAUACCCCGACAUCUAUCCCCAAGACGAGAACAAAGAAAAUGGCAAGAACAAGGAUGAAGGUAAGGGCGAGAACAAGAAUGAGGGCGAGGAGGAAGAGUGGGUGGACGACUACUACGAGGAGGAAGAAGUUGAAGAGGAAGAUGAAGAUGAAGACAUCUUCUAUGACUUUGACUAUGAAGAGGAGGGUGAGGAAGACGAGGAGAGGGAAAUUUACUAUGAAGCUGACUACUACAAUGCUGAUUACUUCGAGGAGGAGGAAGAACAGGAGGAAGAGCAGGAGUCAGCAAAUGCGAUGGAGGAAGCCGUUGCCACUGAGGCCCCUGCAGGCGAAAAGCAGGAGGACUCUAGCGCCUGA